AUGGCCUCGGCAAUGAGACAAAAUGUGCCUGAACGACCACCCAUGGCUGUGUUGAAAAUGAUCGAUAGCCGUCAUUUCUACACAGCUCUGAAAGCGCUCGAAUUUCAUGAGAAAUGUCUCGUUGACAUUAGCAAAAGUGGUUUGCGCAUUGUUGUCAAUGAUCAGAACUGUAUCCAAGGAAUUGCUUAUUUGAACAGAGAGUUAUUCGCUGAAUAUUUUCUUAUUAGAGACGAAGAUAUAAUAUUUGGCAUACCUCUCUAUGUUUUCAUGGAAUCCAUAAAUGCUUUUGGCACAGGAGUCAUGGGUAUGCUGAAGCUGAUUUAUGAUGGGCCUGGUCUACCGUUCAAAAUCAUGCUUGAACGAGAUGGAGUGGUAUUGAGAAGCUUGAUUGAUACUCGAAAUCCUGAGGAAAUUUUGGAUUUUGAUUUCAAUCCUAUCUCUCCUGCUGCUAGAGUUAUAAUGAAGCCAGAGAUGUUGCAAGAAGCGUUUCGUGAGCUGGACCAAAGCAGUUUGUCGGUUGAAUUUAUGAUAAAUCCAUUUUCUUUGAAUAUAAUUACGAAAGGAGAUUUGGGUGUUAUCCAGGUAGAAUUUCCAGCUCAUUCUGAGCAAAUGGAACAGUUGGAUUGUAGACAUAAAGUUGAAUAUUCUUACAAGCUAUGUUUGCUAAAACGAGUAAUUCCCUCGUUGAACAUGUGCAGUAAGUUGUCUAUUCGCAUUGAUCAUCGAGGCAUACUGUCAAUGCAGUUCAUAAUUGAGCGUUACGACAACACCUUGAUCUUUCUUGAGUUCUAUUGUAUACCUGAGAUUCCUACGUCGGAAGAAGAAAAUGGUACAGAUUGA